UCAAAUUUGAAACUUCUGCACUUUCUAAAUGGUUGAUAAAAACAAAAAGAAUCUUCCAAAUUAUGCAGACAAUAAACUAAAGAAAAACAAUGAUCCGGGGAAAGAAGAAGCAAUUAAAAAUAAUGACAAUGAGCCAAAGAAAGAAGUUAUCUCCAAAAAAAGUGAUGAACUCAAGAACGUUGAGGGUGUAGGUAAAGAAGUGAUAAAAUAUGACAAUAAUGGACAAUGUGAGAAAGUCAUGGAAAUUGGGGAAAUUGUUAUUGCUCCAAUGAUGCUUGGUGACUGGAUGAUUACACACCAAAUUGGAGAAGGCACAUUUGCUAAAAUCUUCGUCGGUCGGAGUCUUCCAUUUGAUCAGUAUUACGCUGUAAAAAUAGAAGUUCGCCUUACCUCAAUGGAUUUUAUCGAUCACGAAGUGACAGUUAUGAGACUUCUCAGUUAUCCAAAUGAACUACCGCACAUUCCAAAAUGUGUCUUUUUUUCAAAACAGAAAGAUCUGAAUUUUUUCGUUAUGACACUUCUUGGUGAAAACUUGAGAGAUUUGAAGCUGAAAUGUCCAGAUCGGCGUUUUCUGCGAGGAACUUGGAGUCGACUUGGUAUUCAGAUUUUAUAUGCCCUGAAAUUGAUGCAUGAAAAAGGUUUCAUUCAUCGAGAUAUAAAACCGGAAAACCUAUUGAUGGGAGCAGCCGAUGAUAGAAAAAGGAGCCGCAUUGUGCAUGUUAUUGAUUUUGGAUUAACAAGACAAUGGGCAUGGUCGAAAGAAAAAGCCUUCUAUGCUCGCCCACUUCGUACCAAGGUGCAAUUCCGUGGAUCUCUGAACUUUACAUCUUCAAAUGCUCAUCUGGGAUACAAACUUGGCCGAAAAGAUGAUCUAUGGUCACUUCUGUUCACAUUGGUUGAUUUGAAUGAUCGUCUUCCAUGGCAUGGAGUGAAAGAUCAUAUGAUUCUCGCACGACAAAAAAUGAAUAUGGGUGUGGCUCUGAUGAAAAUGCCAAAAACGAUGGAGAGAUUUUUCGAGCAUCUGCUUGAGUGUAGAGCCUUGCAAAGACCAAACUAUCAUAUGAUGUUCAAUAUCCUCAAAGGAAUUCAAUCGUUAUCAGAAGAUACACCGACUUCAAAGUACACAUUUGAAGAGGUGGAACUUUCUGAAGAUGAUCUUGAAGAACGAUUCACAGGAGAAUGGGAAGAAGUGACUGGAGAAUUUUUCGCGAUUGAUGAAGUUAAAAUCAAUAAUCCGGAAAAAUGUUCAAAGCUGGCCAGUGAAUGGAAAAAUCCUGACGUUGAUGUGUUCCAAUCUGCAAGCAAAAAUCAAAAAGGCAGUAAAAUGAUGUUGAGCUAUGAAUUUAGACUUACUGGAAAAAAUGAAGAACAGACUGGAAAAAAUGAAGAAAAAAUGAACGAAUAUGCAUAUCGUUGGGAAAAAGCAAGAGAAAGAUACAGACAAAGGAUGUUACGAUUGAAGCUUAAUGAUCGCAACAAGCAGCAAUUUGAAGCUAAGAACUACAUGGAACAACAAAUAGAGAAUGAUAGAAGAGAUCGUUUAGAUGAUAUUGAGAAUGUCGCUCUGAAGUAUUUGACGACUGAAGGUGCCAACAGUGAUGAAAAGGAUGCGGAAGUGAAUAUGUCUGAGCUUCAUAAGGACAGGAAUGAUGUAUUGAGAGAUGCCCAGAAAUUGAUCCGUAAAAGAGAAGGAACUUUCAAUUCAUCUCCAAAAUAAUUGGAAUAUACUUGAGCUUUUCCGAAUGAACGAUUGAUUGAAUA